AUGUCUACCAUCCUCAUUUCCGGCGCCGACAAAGGAAUUGGCCGUGGCCUCGUUGCCGAGUACUUUAGUCGGGACAAUGUUACCGUAAUCGCAGCAGUCCGCAACCCAACCUCACCAGAGACAACCUUUCUUUCGAACCUCUGGACAGGAAAAAGCAGUCGAUUGAGAAUUAUCAAAUUGACGCCAGCUCCAACACCGACGCCAAAGCUGCAGUGGACUCAUUAUCCAGUCAAGACAUCUCAUCUCUAG